UUCCGAACAGUGACGUGAUCCAAGUUAUUUUCCGAACAUUCAGAUCACGAUCGGAUUAACCCGAUUAUAGUUUCCGAAAAGUCGUAUUUUAUGUGGUUGUUGGUUAUUUGCAGCAAAAAUAGAUUAAGGUUUAUAAUUAUUCAAUGUAGUAAAUAAUAACUGCCUUACAGAGCACUUGCAGUUAUAAUAUAAAAUGAAGUACAAUGAUAGGGAGCUUAUUUCACUUGGUGAAAAUAAUGCAGAUUUAGAAGGAGUUAUGCAUCAUAUGAGGCCUAUAGGAAAUGACUGGUCGGAUUGGUAUCAACGCCCCUCAUUCAAAGAACGAUAUUUUAAGUUGAUACUAAACAUUUUAUUUUAUUACAGAGUUGCCGAAGAAGAACCGAUUGGUAUUUUAAUAUUGGAAAAUGCCCAAGUGUCUUAUGAAAAACCUCAUAGAGGAAUACCAUUUGCUUUCUCAAUUACAUUCAAAGUCAACGACAAACUUCGUGAUGACGAAGCAAAACAUAUAUUUUCAUGUAGAUGUGAAAAAGAUGUUGCUACAUGGGUCAUAGCACUUAAAAGGGCUUCAUAUGAAUACUGGCGUUCUCAGUACAUUAUUUUGAAGACCAAACUUAGUAUGAAAGUAGGUGAAGACCCCGUGUUAGAGUACAUUAAAAGUAAAAAUUGUAUUGUGACACAUAGUGAAGUUAAAAAAACAAACAAAAAAACAUCAAAGUCCACAUUUUAUAGUAAUAUUGAUAUAAUUAGUACAUGUGAAGAAACUAGAAGUUACUCUGAUAUCAAGGAAACAAGUGGAACAAGUAGAGACAUUGAUGUAGAUAAUUUAAUAACAUUUGAAGGGUAUCAUUAUCUCUUCAGCUGUUUUCCACGUUAUUGGUACGUAUUGGAGCUUGAAUACUGUAUUUAUGAGGUUUGUGAGUUUCGCAAUGGCCUUUCUUGGUAACUGUUGCAAUACUUUUCCCGUUAUCCUGGGGUUUUCGUCACGAAAUAUUUUCUUCAAAAAAUAAUUAAAUUUAGACUCAUUCUUUCAAAAUUUUACAAGCAUCAUUAUUGGAAAAGCUUUUUAAAACAGUAUAGGUUUACAAAUAAUACUAACCUUUGUCUGAGAAGAUACCCAACUAUCAAUGUCUUUUGUGCACCCAUUAGUAGCGUCUUUUACUAAUUUCAACAGUUCAAAAUGCAAAUUACAUAUGAUACUUACGUCAUAUAAUGGAGUCUGACGAAGACCAUGUGCAUCACUCGUACUUUGCCCUUUAAAAAUUUCGACAUUUUGUGGUGAUGCUAAAGCUUCAUCAUUCCGGAAUGACGUUCGCGUGGCAGGGAGUCCUACAUAGGCAAACCUUUAAAGCAUGUAAUGUUUUUUUACGUUAUAAAUUAGCUAAUAAUAAUUUCCUAAUAGAAACAAGUAUUUUAUUUUUA